AUGUCUGACGACCUUAUCUCAAUAUCUUCUUUGACGCUCAAAGCUAUCGUUGGUUCAGAUAGUUGGGGGAAAGCAAAACUGCAGACAAUCUUGUUGUCGUUUUCAAUGCGAACCAACAUAUCUGCUGCAGGCAAGACCGAUCAUCUACCAUAUUCCAUUCAUUAUGGUACGGCUAAUAAAAUAGUAUCAGAGUUCGUAGAAAACAAAACAUUCGAAACGAUUGAAGAUAUUGCGGAAGGCGUGUGCAAUGUGCUCCUAAGCGAAAAAUUGAAGGGCGUAUGGAUCAAGCUACGAGUAGAAAAGCCACGAGAACUGUUACGGGCCGAAACAUCAGGAUUAGAAAUUAUUCGAUCAAUACCAUGUGACAAUGUGAAAUCGGUAGCUGAUUCAAUGUUUGUUCGAAAUCUCUCGCUUCUAACCAUCAUUGGAAUACAUCCAUGGGAACGGAAAGAAAGACAACCAGUGCUACUAAAUAUGACCUUUUAUAAGUCAUCAGACACAAACUUCUGGUGGUCGGAAGGAUACAAUCUUAGAUCUAUUGUUCAUCAAACCUGUGAGCACGUUGAAACAAGUUCAUACCUCACGAUAGAGGCUUUGAUAACAAGCAUUGCUAAAUUGUUAUGUGUUAAUCUGAAUAUUUCGAAGGUCACAAUUUCUGCUAGCAAACCUUAUGCACUUUCGUUUGCGAUACCUGCUGUGGAAAUCACUCGAGACAAGACAUAUUUCGAAACGAAUCAGAAUGUCUAUCUAACACUUAGCUCAAACGUUAGAUCACGUGCACAGAAUCUUUCAGACGCGAUAAAACAACUCAAUGAGCGAGGUAUCAUGGUCGUCGACACAAGUUUCUUGUACGAAACAAAAGCGAUGGUUAAUACUGUUCAUCCAUGCUUUUUGUAUGCAGCCGUCUGUGUGGAAACAGAAUUGUCACCUGAUGAGCUUUUUCGUGAACUCAAGUUGAUUGAAAAUGAAAUAGAAGAAACAAAAACAGUGCUACAGGGAUCACGAAAAAUUGUUUUAGACAUUCUUUUAUACAAAGAUACUUUGCUGGAGCGUGAUGGCUUCUCAAUACCGCAUAAACUAAUACUAAAAGAACCAGUUUUUCUUGCACCUCUCGUGGAUAUAUCACCAGAACUUCGACAUCCUUUGACAAAUUCAACAGUGCUAUAUCAUUUAUCCCUUUUAUCAUCAUCCAACAACACUUCAAUUCUAAAAUAUUUGCCUCUUCCUCGUAACCGACAUAUCAUUUUUGAGAGAGGUGGCGCAAGGCAGAUCAUGGCAGUGCUCAAUUUUCCAUUUGACUACUUUUCCAAGGACAAUGAACAUGUAGAUAUUGAUAUAGUGAAUACUGUAAAGGAAAUGAUACAUGACGGUGCUACAAUUAUAGAAAUUACCAGUUGUUCCUUCAUUGGCACAUCGAUAUCAGAAGAGGAAGAAAGUCGACGAAUAAUUUAUCCUAUCAAAGUCAUACGCGAAGCUAGGAUAGAUGUUUGCAUCAGCGUGAAUACGUUUCGUGCUGAGAUUGCGCGCCGAGCUGUAGAAGCAGGUGCCGACAUAGUUAAUGACGUAUCCGGUGGCUCUUUAGAUCCUUCUAUGUUCCAAACGGUGGCAGAGUUGAAUGUUCCAAUAGUGAUCCGCAGUUCUUCUAGUGCAGCGCAAACAACGCUCACUCCGACACAGGUGAAAGAAAAUACAUUUGGUACUUUAUGCGAGAGUAUGGUGAAAUGUGUUAAGCAAGCGAUACAUGCAGGUAUUAAGCGAUGGAAUAUAAUUCUUGAUCCUAGUUUUGGUACUAACAAGACGCAUGAAGACGAUCUUGACCUUAUCUGUCGAUUGCCAGAUCUCGUUCAUCAUCAAGCAUUUCGAAAUAUACCCUUUCUCUUUGAACCAUUAGCCUCAAGAAUAAUCGACUCAUCCAAUGGUGUGGAAAAAGAAACUACAUGCAUUUGGAGCACCGCAAGUGCAUUGGCAGUUUGCGUUGUUUUUGGAGCGGAUAUCAUUCGAGUUCAUCAUUUAAAAGAAAUGGCCCAAGUGAUCAAGGUCGCAGAUGCAAUUCGAAUACAACAAUAUAAGAAAAACCUAUUAUAA